AUGCAAUGUCAAUCGUUAACUUCUGUCUUCUUGUUCUUACAUUUUCAUCCUCUCUCUCCUUCUUCCACCAUUUUUCUUUCCUUCUCUUUCCCUCUCACUUUAUCUGUCUUCCUCUCUCUUUCUCCCACUGUUCAUUAUCUACUUCAGUCUGUUUAUUCUCUAAAAUCCCCACCUACCCUAAAAAAAGCACCCUACUCAGUCAUCUCUCUCUCUCUCUCUCUAUCUAUCUAUCUUUCUAUCUUUAUCUGUGCUCUCUUUCACUUUUGUUAUCUGUCUCUAUUUAUCACUCCCUUUCUUUUCUUCUCUCUCUCUAUAUCUAUUUCUAUCUUGCCCAUUCUCUCUGCCCACUCUCUCUCUUUGUUAACGCAAAACGCUUAUGAAGCAAGAAAAAAUUCAGUCUUUCUUUCUUCCUUCCUUUCUUUCUCCGUUAACGCAUUAUCUAUCUAUCUAUCUAUCUAUCUAUCCCCUAUAUAUAUAUAUUUCAUUAUCUAUCUAUUGAAAUUUGUUCAUUCUUCUCUCUCUCUCUCUCUCUCUCUCUCUCUCUCUCUCUGUAUUUUGUUCAUUCUCUCUCUCUCUCUCUCUCUCUCUCUCUCUCUCUCUCUCUCUUUAUCUAUCUACCUAUCUAUCUAUCUAUCUAAAUACGCAACUUUCUUAAUAUGUUUUCUUUAG